UUCAGAGGGAAUUGAGCAGUUCUGUUCUGCAGCCUCAGGAGCAAGGAUAUCAUUACCGCCCGGCUGCUCGGAGAGAAACCACCUAAGCCCACCCUCAGGGAAAGGCACGACUCCUACAGCCACCCAGGGACACCAAAAGGCUGGACCAUCAGCUUUGUCCACGCUGGGUCCUACUGGCCGCAACUCUGUUCUCACCCGUGCACCUGCUCCCUGCCUGCCACAGCCUGGCUUUCAGCAGCUGGGGCAGGACAAACUCACAGUCUCGGAGGUGACGGCGGAGAGCAAGUGGAAAGAAAACGGCCAUGGGGGCCAGACAGUCAAGGACCAACUCCAAGGACAAGGACCCCAAGGGGAUGCUGCUCCUCAGGAGGGGACAGAAGUUUUCUCCCUGGGAUGACACCGUGCUCUUGGGAAGGGACCCGCGGUCCCUGCUGAAGCGGGGCAUGCGCCACGUCAGCUUCAGCUUGGUCACCAAAGGAAUGACAGACAUCCCAGACUUUCUGUGGGGCCUCUCGGAGGUCCAGAAACUCAAUCUGUCGCACAACCAGCUCCGGAUUCUUCCGCCCGAGGUGGGGAGACUGAGUCGGAUCGUGGUCUUGAACUUGUGCGGGAACCGCCUGAAGAGUCUGCCCAGGGAAGUCAGCCUCCUCCACAGCCUCAAGGUCCUGUUCGUCAACAUGAACUGCCUGACGGAGGUGCCGGCCGAGCUAAGCCUGUGCAGGAACUUGGAGGUCCUGAGCUUGUCCCACAACUGCCUGUCCCAGCUUCCCGCCAGCUUCGCCGACCUCUCCCGGCUGAGGAAGCUGAACCUCAGCAACAACUAUUUUGCACACAUCCCCAUGUGUGUGUUCGCGCUGAAGGAGCUGGAUUUCUUGCACGUGGGCUCCAAUCGCCUGGAGAACAUCGCCGAGAGCAUCCAGUGCCUGGCCAGCCUGCAGAUCUUCAUCGCGGAGAGCAACAACAUCCACUCCUUCCCGAGGUCGCUCUGCCUCCUCUCCAGCCUGGAGAUGCUGAACUUAAACAACAACGACAUCCAGACCCUCCCGGAUGAGCUCUAUCUGCUGGGUAGACUGGCAAGGAUCGCCUGGAACCCUAUGGACAAGGGGCUCCACAUUUCCCAUAAUCCCUUAUCCAAGCCGCUGCCAGAGCUGGUGGAGGGGGGCCUAGAGAUGCUCUUCAGCUACCUGAAAGAGAAAAAACACAACUGAUGUGGGCACCGGGAGUAUGGACGGGAGCCAGCGCCUCUGCACUAGGUCACUUCCGGUGCUUCUCUAAAGCAAACGCGCUACUCUUCCUGCUAGUAUAUUUCAAUGCUCUUGCUAAUAGCCGCUAAACAGUGGUUGAAUAUCCAUCGGGGAAGCGUGUGUUUUUCACUCUCUGUUUUUAAGAACCUCCGAUUGUUAUAUUCACCUUAUCCACGCACUAAUGGAAGCAGGCUCUUAGUUUUCUCUGGAGAGAACGAACUGUUCUGAGUCUUCUAAGGAGUACUGAGAUUCUUGGGAAGCAUGGACAGCAGGUGUGCAUGCGAAAGGCAAACCAGGACAUACUGAGUGCCAUGGAUGGUCUGGGGGCAUUGGGGACUUCUGCUUUUAGGUGCUUUCCAUCCUUGAAGCAGCAACCGAUGGCCGUGUGGCAAUAGCAAGACAUGUUCCUCCAACAGCCUCAAUCAAGCAUUACUUGGGACCAAAGGGCAAGCCGGAGCCAUGCUCCAUUGCCCAGGACCAAACCAGGCAAAGCUUGUCCCUGGAGUUCUGGGGAAAUAAUCAUAGGAAUUUUUUAAAAUGACUGUAGGGUAAGAAUCAGCCUGCUUAUGUUUAUGUCUGGUGGUGAGUAACAGGGUGAUGACUUUCAGAUGAUAACUAUGAGGCAAUGUUAUUGUGCAGUUUCAACUGUCUUUCACAAGCCCUUUUCCAACCUUAGUCACAUUCCUGAAUUUCUUUUCUAGCGAUCCUAGCCCAUAGUCAAAUUAUCCUUUUCUAAUUCACUUUUCCCCCUUCCUUGAUUUGCCCUCUUGGAGAUAAGCUAGUAAUUGGGAAAAUAUGGCCAAAAGGCAGGUAGCAGGCAGCAAGGUGUAGAAAAACCAUGCUAAAUAUGUAAUUGCCCUUUGAAAAUUCAGAGGACGGAAUAUUGGCUGCUUGGCCUUCAUGUGUAGAUAUUUUAAAAAAUUAGUGACAUUUAAAAGUUCUUUGGAGAGCAGGCUCUGUGAAGGCAUGAAGCUUGUUUUGUUUUUUAUUUUAAGAGUGCACAGCUGUUAGAGAAACACAGGCAGCAGGAUGAGCAAUGUGUGUUCCUGCAGCAGGGGCAUUGGAUCUCAUGGAAAUCGUAGCAGCCAGGAGGCUCAAGACAUUGAUAUGCACUCAGAGUUAAAGAAUGAGAAUGAGAAGGUGGCCAGGUGGCAGUAAAGAAAGGACAGUGCCUUCAGGUCAUUGCGGAGCCAGGUGCUCUGGUUCCUUGUCACUUUUGUCUACAGAAUAAAGCAAAUGCUAUCAAGACUCGGGAUCGUGGGUUGGUUGUUGCAAAGACUUGUGUAACUUCUUAUUCCGUUUAGUUUAAUUUAAUUAAAAUUUGACUUAUCAGCACUCUCUGCAGUCCGGAUACUGAGUUAGGAAACUCAGGGGUAACACUCUGCGUCUUCUACUGAGAGCUCCCAGUUCAGUGAAGUAGACAGACCCACAUGAGUGGUAAGCUGAGAUCCCUGCUGAAGAGAGAUACAAGAAAGACGAGAAUAACACAGAGUAACACACCACUUGGUGUAGACUAGUCUCAUCAACCAAAGAACAGUAAACAAAAAAAUGAGGUUGCAAUGAGUGGACCUAACCCCUCACUCACUGCUGUCAUCCAGCCCUAACAUCUCCUCUGCUUGCUUCCACCCAUUUGUAAAGAGAAGCAAAGUAAUGGCUGCUCACUCUGUGGUUCUGAGCUUACACCACUGUACUGUGGAGUUGUUGCAUGCUUGAUUUUCCCAGGGCUGCUCAAAUGCAGUUCAUGUAACCUAUUCAUAGGAGCGAGUGAUUUUCCCAACACAGCCCAAAGUCAGUUUUCCCAUCCGUAAAAAAGGAAGCUAUUUCCUGCUGCUAUCAUCAGAUGCCACCAUCCCACUAACACAUUUGUGCCCAAGCUCGUCUAUUGAACCAUUGCAAACAGACCUUACCGGGCAGGGUCCCUUGGAGGCAGCUCAGGAAGUCUCCUCUCAAGUUCCCUCCAGCAACAACUGGAGACCAGCACAUCCCUGCCAGGCACACUCCCAAAUCCUCUCCCAUGGUAGCUUGUGGCAGCCAGGACUAUUUAAAGACAUCAGUGGAAUUCCUGCUUGACCUCCUGACUCAGUGGGAAAUUGUAGGGUGAGCUUUCCUCUGCAGGCCUGGAUAGGUCACCCACUCUGAAGCCUUGGCUGAAGCACACGCAGCUGUCAGACACACAGCAGCGUGCGCCAGGAUCAGGCGUGUUGGUGUGCGUUGCUGGAGAUCCAUCUGGGCCCAGGCUGCAUGUCCAUGACCUUGGGAAGGGCAGGAACACAGGGGAAGACGGCAGCCCUGCACUGUUCUUGCUGAGCAAUCAUUUUCUGUCCUCGCCAACCUUUCUCAGUGACUUGAUCCCACAGUAACUCUACCCCUGGGAAAGAAUGUAACCCUGUUUUGAAGGUGACCCAUGAGCAUAUUGUACUUUUCAUAAGAAAAAAAAAAUGAUAUCCAAGGGGUGGCCAGCCUCCACUGGGGGCUUUCAAAAGUAGAAGAGUAGGGAUUUCUUUGUUAACAUCAGCCUGGAGGAAACCAUGAAUGCGUGGUAGUUGCCUAAUGGGCUUUAGAUAUUGAUCUUUUUUGAAUGCUCCUUUUUAUUGGUGAACGGAAGUGCUGAGCAAUAAAAAUGAGCUUAGUUACUCAAAACACUAAUGUGGAGGGGAUUCGCUAUAACCUUUAGAAUCUUGGCUGUCAAAUUCUGCCGUUUGCUGAAUGACUGUGAAAGGCUUCUUGCUUAUCUUUUGUACUUCAACGACUGCCCCAUUCAAGUAACUCCCAGGUAUUUCUACAGCUUCUGGAAUCAAAGCACAGAGGAUGAUUUCAGGGGCGGCAGAGUACAUUCAGCCAAAGAAUACGAGCUAACUGAGGGCUUGAUGAGACCGGCUGGCGGCUCACGUUGUGGAUAAUGCUGUGAUUUUCACGUCUCUGUUUGUCCAGGAACACCUUGCAAAGCACUUGCAGCUUACAAAUCCCCCAGAGGAAAAGAAACCUUAUAUUCCUAGGAAAGGAAGAAGAUGGUGAAAAGAGACAUCUGCUCAGGGAAUAAUACUGCUAAAUGCGUAAUGCUUCUGCACGUUAGAAAGAAAAAUGCAGUCAUUACUUAGCUUGUUGACUUAAUAAACGGUUAAUAGAAGAAACACACUCCAUUCUCAGGCUUUGGUGAAUAGACUGCUUUUCUGUAGUAACCAAAGACAGAGUGACUUCAGGGCCAGGCAUCUGGAUCGCACAACGAAGCCUUGCUUGUGUCAGAGAUAAGAUACAAGAGGGAGUGCGGUCCUAGUUUGAGGGAGACGGUACACCAAACCCUUUUCUUCUGAUAGUGGAUCAUUGCAGCUUGAGAGUGCAUUUCACGUGCUGCACAGCACCUAGUGCAUACGCGUUUUGAUAGUCACACACUGCAGUGGAGGGAGACUGAAGUCAGCGGAAACACACUCGGCCUCCACAGCCCGAGAGGAUGGCGGCAAGGACGGCCCGCAGGCUGGGCUGGGGGCAUUUUUGGUGAUACAUGUAGGUCAGGAGUGUCCUUUGUCUGGAUGUUGUCAUUUUUUAAAAAUCAUUAGGGAAAUGAUCUAGAACAAAGCAAGCAAAAAUUCAAGCAACUACAUUAAGUCAAUAUGAAGCCACUACAUAGAGUAUCUCUCCAUGUUCACAGGCUCCCAAUCUAGACCCAACCAACUGGCAUGGAAAACACUUGAGACAAAAAUGUUAUGUGGACUGAACAUGUGCAGACUAUUUUUCUUGCAAUUUUUCCCUAAAUGGUACAGUAUAAUGUAAAUAGAGUACAUUAAUGUAAAUACAGUAUAAAGUAAAUAAUGUACUCUAUUUACAUAGCCUUUCUAUUGCAGACAGGCAGACAGUCUAAAGAGAAAUCUACCGUCUGCUGAUUCACUCCCCAAAUGCCUGCAACAGCCAGGGCUGGGCCAGGCCACAACCAGAAGGUAAGAACUCAGCCUCCUUCUCCCACUUGUGUGGCAGGGGCUCUGCGGAGACAUUACCUGAUGGUUCCCAGAGAGCGCAUUAGCAGGAAGCUGGAGUUGGGAGUGGAGCGACACAUGUCACUAUGGGAUGUGGGGAUCUCAAGGGCUGACUUCACCACGGUGACAACUGGCUAAGCUCAUUUUCUACAAACUUUUUGAAGUAUCUUCAUAUUUUACAGAAAUGAAACAAAAUGUAGGGGGGACAUUAAAACUAUUUUAACCAAUAAUGGAAACAAUUCUGACCUCAUUGAGAAAAGAAUCUUAGACAACUGUUCCCUUUAAGUUAUCUGUUAACUUACACUGAAUCCAAAGCCUUACUAAUUAAAGGGGGGGUGGAUAAAGAGGAAGGACAGGCUAGUAAUAAAAAGGGGAAGCAGAGAGAGCUCAUAAUGAAUUUGUAGGAGCUUGGGCAUCAUUAGGCGAGCAUAACCGACAGUCAUUAGCAUGAAGCUUGCUCUGCAGAUUUUUUUAGUAGUGUCAGAGGAAUCCACUUGCAAGGAGAGAGCUUAAUUUCUGCUCUUCUGGACUCCUUAUUUCAACAUGGCCAGGAACUAAAAGGCAAGCUAAAGUCAUCUCAGAGUAUUUCCCCAU